GGUAAAACUACUUGGGUGGAAAAAGGCACCAUGAUUCCACUCCGCAUGGAAUGGGACAAGAUGAGCAAAUCGAAACUGAACGGAGUGGACCCAACCGAUGUCGUCCGGAUCCACGGCAUUGAGCUGAUUCGGCUUGCUGUUAUGUCGAAUGUGGGCCCUCAUCGGGCCAGGAAAUGGCAAGAAGACGGAGUUUUACAGGGUCUUGUCAAGUGGCAAAAUCGAUUGUUGCGUUUGGUCGAUGAUGUGCUACAUUGGGUUGAGCGAUUGUCUUCCGAACAAUCAUCGUGGAUUCUCUUGAGUGGGCCCGACGACCCCCUUCAUCACCUGCACAAUACUCGUGAGCGUAUCAUUCAGAGGGUCAACACGUACUACGAUGAAUCCUUCGUGCUCAGUGCUGUUAUCGCGCGUUUGCAAGAAUUGACAGACCUGUUAAAACAAUCAGCGAUGUUUUCCGGUGGUCCAGGAGCUGCCAGCUUUGUUCACUUCCGAUCACUCUCUGAUUUGAUCGUCAUGCUGGCUCCCAUGGCUCCUAUCUUGGCCUGCGAAUUGUGGUCACGUUUACAACUUGCCUGCCAAAUGCAGGCAGCUGGUCCAGCGCGAGAAGCACUUUCUGUUUUGGCCGAUAGUUCUUCCACAAUUGCGUCAUCUUCCGACUCUUGGCCUUACGACUUGAGUAAACUCGUGCUGGAGCAACCGUUUCCGCAAUGUCCUACGGAUUUCCAAGUGGUUUCUGAUCCGCUUUCUGCACGCUCCUCUUCUGAGUGUGACGAAAAAAGUGUAGAAAAACUCUGCACUUGAACCAGUGUACAGUAUCUGUAACUAUUCUCUGUAUAUUGCAAGGUUAAAAUGUAUUCUGAUAAUGUACAGGUCUGUCAUUUUACUUACCUGAAAAUAAUUUGUCGUUGCUGGUGAAACAGUCUCACGCUCAAUCAAGCUAAGUUUGCUUGGACACACCUCUUCACCCACAGAACUCUGCUCUAGUUUGAAAGCUCAUUCUCUAGCUCUGGGAAUUUGUUUGUGUCUGUGUCGAAACUUGCAUAAUCGUGUUCGUUUUUUUACAAGCGCAGAAAUACAUCAUCGGUUGUUGGAUUUGUCGAAUUAUUCCAUGCUAUUGUGUUUAUUGUCUUGGCGGUUUUCAGCUUGUACCCCGAUUGGGCGAGUUCAGCGUUGUUCCACAGCCGGUCUCG